CCCAAAGCUGGUUAACGACACCUGGUCGUUAAUUUACAUGUGAGGGCGAUUAACGUGAAGGGUAGCAGAUAACAGAUGACGCAUUUAAAAAAAACACACGCAUCCUUAAAAUCGGUUAUCCAGCAACAGAUGUUCGGUCGAUCCUCGCGAGCCACAGCUAAAAAAAAAAAAAAAAAAAAGGCUAGCAAGCCAUAACGAGCAGCUAAUCACAACUAAACGAUGCAACGUACAAAUAAAAAAAGAGAGCGCAAACGUGACGUUACAUAAGCAAAAUUAAUGUGAAUAUUAUCACCUACCGGUAUAUUAGACGGUUGUUCACCUUGGUACGUCGGUUGAAUUAUGGUGGCAAUAUGAGGAGACUGAGCUAGCUGCUUGUUAGCUCAUGGCUAGCUCCCUAUAGCUAACUCCAGAGACUUAGCAGCGGACUGACUGCACGUUCUGUGGGCUUGGCUCCGUCUGACAACGCCCGCCUGCAUGAGAGAGAACCAGAAAACACCCUGCUUGAAUGUCACAUCAAUUUCUCACUAAUACAAACAUCGCCCAACAGUUUUUAAGUAAUGCUGCAAUUCCUAAAUCAGUUUGCAUCGUGGUUGCGCAUUAAACACAGAUUCAGGGCAGUGGAUUGAACAUGCAAGACAAUUGAUUAAUUGGAUAAUCCGCAUAACUGUUGGCACGUUUGUUGAGGUGGAGACUAUUGUCAAGUGACUUUCAGGAGCAAGUCAUGGAGUCCAGAAUCUCCAAGCUGCACUUGAAAUUUGCAGAGAAAACCUGGAAUGAAACCUUUCAGCUUGUUCGAAGAUGCAUGGACAAACCCAAAGAUCAAUCCAAACCCUGUGAGCCACUGGUUAGAUCACUUGAACGGCUCCAGGAAGUGUUUAAUGUGUCCUCCAUGAAUACCAUGAGGUCCCGUCUGGAGGCGAUUGCCAAACAACAAAGAAUGGGCUUUCACAUUACUGAGGCCACAUGCUACCUGACAGCAGAUCUGUUCUACCUGGAGGUGGUGUUGCUGCCGGGUGGCGGGGUGGAGGAGGUGAAGGUGGCCCCUCAUGGAGGAUCCCCUGUUCCCAGCGAGUCCUUUCUCCAGCUGCUGAGGGCAAAACAUUUUGCUGAGUUCUCCAUGAAGUUGGCGCGCCUGUUCGCCCAGUACAACAUCCCCGGAGACAAUGAAAUCAAAUUGAAAUUGUUUUCAUCUAUGCAAUUUCUCGGGAAGGACUUAGAGAAACUAUCACAACUGCCAAGUGUGCUAAAGGACUCAGACAUGAUCAACAAUGGCAGAAUUGGGUGUCUGAUCGCUGGAAAAGAAGAUACCCCCCUGACGAUCCAGUUCCAUACCACUCCGACUGCUGGAAUGAAGACCUCAGAUAUACCUUUUCCUUUUGAAGAAGCGACCCCUACAGAGGCGCUCGUCCACGCCGCCCAGGUGACCGUAGGUGUCAGCGAUGUGACUCACAAGCUUCAGAUGGCAUCUGUGCUCCCCCAGCCUCCACAGCUGGAUCCCCAGGGUCAUCCUGUGUUCCUGCCGUCGACUGAGGCGCCGUAUGAGACGCUGCCUGCCUGCUUCCUCCUCAAACUGCAGCCAGCAGUACCAAUGAUGUCGUCUUUUGUAAACAAGCUCAGCCAAAUUACAGCUGUGGCCAUACCAGAUGUUGACCUGCAGUGGGCACCCUUACCCAAGCUUCUGACGAGACGUUCACCGAGUUCAAACAGCCCCAGGGAGAUACCAGAUGAGUGGGAUAGUAUUUUUACAGUGCCUCUUCCUGGUGGUGUGACGCACCGUUGCGUCCUUCCCGGAGCUGCAUGGGAGGUGCCAUCCCAGAGAGCGGCUGUGGCGGACAGUAUUCCCUUCACCCACCCGGCCCACCUCCCGGCCCUGCUGGAGCUGCUCCGACACCAGUGUGCCAUCAACACGCUGCUGAGGAGCUGUAUCACUCCUCAGUGUGACGGAGCAGGUUUGGUUUGUGACCUGCACUUCGAAGUCCUUCCGGAGUCUGAGACCAGCUUUUCUGUGACCUUCCACCGACCUGACACGGACUCGCUCGCUGUUUUGCUGGUGAACGUGUGUGAUUCUAAUCAGAUCACCUGCACUUUGUUUGGAUCAGGAUUAGGGGAUCCCUCUUUAGAGGAAUACCUUUCCACUGUCAUGAAGAGGUUCAUGUCCGUUCCCGUGACCCUGAAGACGUUGUACAGGAAGCUGGAGGAGACCGCCUCCGCUCCACUCUCUCCCAGCCGGCCGGCCACCACAGAAGCCGAAAGUGACCACUCGGCUCCCUCGCGCGCCACCGUGACCGACACCAACGGCGCCUCGACCGCGUUCCCCCAGAGUGCAGCCGUGCCAGAGGAGGGCGUCGGUGCCUCUGCUUCGGCCUGCUGUGCCGCACCUGUAGACAACUCUGAGCUCCCUCCUGAAAUAAACACAAGUCCUGCUGUCAACCCUUACUUGUUCACGUCUAGUGGAUGUUUUCACACUGGAUGACCAAUAGCGGCCAACUGUCAGAGCCGAUCUGAAACUGUAUGCGUGUUCACAUGCGAUGGCAUAAUUUACGCCUCUUUUAAAAUGAGUUUUUUUUUUUUUUUAAAUUGAAUAAAUGUUUUGGUAAAGAAAAAGUUUCUUCAUGUAUAACAUCAUGAAACACGUGUAACUUGUAUUUGGUCAUUUUCUGUCGGCUGGAGAUGUUGUGUAGCUGCAGCAGUUUUGUUAAUUCAGUGAACGUCCAUCUCCUGCAGAAAGCUGAAGCGGUUCUUAUGAUGCAUUCCAGUGUGGCAGAGAUUGCUGCCUGUAAAGGUUUUGAGGUUUUUGGCGUUUGACCUCUCAGAUAGCCAAGAGAAGUUGAUUGGUGCCAUGAGAGCCAAUCAAACAUUGUUAAAGUGCAUUCUUGAUGGCUUGUAAGAGUAUAGAGAUCAACAUGUUGAAAUAAGAAGUGGCUCCGCUGGACGCAUAAAUAAUAUCAAAGGGAUAGGGUUGAUUGUGAUCAGGAUGAAAAUAUUUCACACCACACACUGUUGUUUUCCCCUCUUUUAUAUACAAUAAAGAAAUGGCAGUCGU